GUAGUAGGCUGACUAGAACGGUAAGCAAGGCCUUCACAAUGAUGGGUUGUGAAAAAUCUGGGGUAGGGGGUCAUUUCAUGACCUUUUUGAAGGAAAAGGGAGAGCAAAAUCAUUUAAUUUCUUUCAGGGGUCAUAGAUUUAAUCAUUUAUUUUGUGUUGCCGGGUCCGUUUACCAUCACCGACAACAUAUACAAGACUUUUUGUCAUCUUGGGCUGACCCCAAUGACCUCUUGAAAAGUGUUUCCUUUGAUAUUAGAGAAAAGGGGUACAUUUCCAGCAUUCGAGCUUUGGGAAUAAUAGACAAGAUGAUUACAGGCCCUUUAUGGAAACUUAUUGAAUCAGUUGAGAAUGUUUUAGCCUUAAAUCCUUAUCUUCUUAUUUUGAGAGACAAACUAUCUGAAUUGUGUGGUGAUGCAAGUCCCCUUCUGAAAGGUGAGCCUAUUUUUCCAGAUGUUGCUAUCAAGAGGGAUCAAAUUUAUGAAAGUUUGUUUUCAGAAACCGAUGACCCUGUUAUAGAAACCUAUUCUCAAAUGGCCCUAGAACUGGCCCUUGGGGGGAUGCUCCUUAUUUUAGAGAGACAGGCAAAGGACCAGUUGCCAGGAGGUAAGUUUUUUGACCCCCCUAUAACUGACCAGUUCAGAGCAAGUUCGGUUCCUCCCACCAACACUUGCUCUGAACGAGACUUUGCCCAACUUGACAUGCUCAUGAGAGCAAAGCCAUCUGCAUCAACAGAGUGUUAUGAGUCCAUAAUUAUGUGGACCAAUAACAAGACGAGCAAAUGGCUUUCCUCUCUUGACAGUCAAGAGAGGGAGAAAAAUAUUAACAACAGUAGAAAGGCUGCCCCAGAAAUGAUGCAAGCGUUUAAAAAUAAACAGCAGGAAUUGUUCAACACUAAAUUAAAGUUGUUAAGGGAAAAACAAGAGAAAAAGGCAAAACAGGAAAACAAGUUAUAUACACAGAAAGUAAAGCUAACAGGGAAGGUUAAUGAACUGGGAGGGCUGUGGGUAUCAAAAGACGAGGUCUUGAUCUUCAAAGAGAAAAACAGAGACAAGUCAGGUAAUUUUUUUAAAGAUGCUUUUACAACCCAGCUACAAUUCAGGAAGCAGGUUCUUGGGAGCAAGGGACCAAAGGAGAAGUUUCAACUGCAGGUAAAGGGUCAUCAAUUUACAGUGGAAGAAUUGGAGGAAAAUUUGAUUGAUAUAAUUACAUUAAAUGAGGAAUUAGAGAAUGAAAUUGUUGAAGAAAGAUCAAUUCAGUACAAACCAUUAGAUCAGGUGAGUCAAAAUAUCAAAUUGGCAAAGGAAAAACUUGUGUUGAAAUUAGAGGAAAACAGGAAAAAAAUUCAAAUAGACCAACAAAAACAUUUAUUACCAGAGUAUAUCAAAAAACCAGAUUUAUUAGUGGGAAAGAAAAUAAAACAAAAGUUUAGAUUGGAAGAAUCAAGGGAGAUUGAAUGGUUUAGGGGAGAGGUGUUAAGCUUAGAGCGAGAGAAUGGGAGGAAAAGUAGGUAUCGUGUGAAGUAUGAAGAUGAAGAUGAUUGCGUUUUCACUUUGUUAAUUGAUAUUGAAAAAGGUGAUAUCAUUGUCUGUUGA